CUCAAUCUAUGCUCUGUAUUCUCUUGGCUUUAUUCUUUCUAAACUUUGCCUCCCAAUUUUUUUUUUUUCACUUGAAUUUGUUUAUUGAUAACGUAAAUAUUCGGAAUAAAAGAGAGAAUACGUUUCUGUUUUGAUAAUAAUCAUGGGGUUAGCUGAGCCGGAUCGUAGAGUUGCUCUCUUAAAGCGGCAAAGAGACGGUUGCUGAAGCGUACGGUUUCGUUUUCUAAGCUUUUCUGGUUUAUGAAACAUGGGUGAAGCUAAAGAAGCAAGAAGCAGAGCAAUGGAAAAUCUUUCUCUGCGAAUAGACAAGUACCCAAGAGAUCUAUUGCAGAGAUUUGUGAGCAGCAGUACGCAUCAAUCCGAACACGGAACACCCAGUGAAGAUUCAGAUGAGAUUGAGCUAAAUCUGGGGCUCUCACUGGGUGGUCGAUUCGGGGUCGACAGGAGCGCAAAGAAGCUAAUCCGUUCGUCGUCCAUAGCGGGAACAAUACCGGUGGUUCGAGACGACGAGUCGUUAAACCCGCGGCCUAUGUCGUACCCGACACUCACGAGGACCUCCUCGCUUCCGACGGAGACAGAGGAGGCGUGGCGGAAGAGGAAGGAGCUACAGACAUUGCGGCGAAUGGUGGCGAAGCGAAGGCGGUCUGAGAAACAGAGGAGCUCCAAGGCAGAAAAAGAAGAAGAAAGGAAGGAAAUUCAAGGUCCAGCGGGAUUGAAUUUGCGAGAUAAGCAGCAGUCUGCGGUGGCCGAUAGGUUUGGUUCGAUGGUGGCCCAUCCUUUUGGUAUGCCCACUUGGGCUGCGGUGGAGAGGCAGGCGGGUCUAGACGGAGGAGUCGAACCGGUGGCGAAAGGGAUGUCUGGUUUCUUGGGAUUGCAGGGGUUUGGGCGACCGAGUUCUCAGGGUUCGUCGGAGUCGCAAGGCGGUAGCUCGACGGGGAUGUCGGAAUCGGAGAGCAAACCUCUUCAAGGAUCGAGCAGUUGUGGUGAAGCAAGAAGCCCUGCUAGUAAUCAGUCCUUGCAAGAGCGAAUCAAUCAGGAGGCUUCAGGUUCCUCAGGGACAAAGAAGAACGAAAAUCCAUGCAGAACUUUCAGAGCGGAGAUGGAGAAUAUUCUAUCACAGAAACCUGAUUGUGCAGAAAACAGAGGGAAGGAAAUUGGGAUGAAUGCAAUGGAAGAUAUGCCUUGUGUUUUCACAAAAGGAGAUGGCCCUAAUGGGAGAAGAAUAGAAGGCAUUCUAUACAGAUAUGGAAAGGGAGAGCAGGUGAGAAUAAUGUGUGUCUGCCAUGGGAGCUUUCACUCGCCAGCAGAGUUCGUCAAGCAUGCUGGUGGUGGUGAUGUCGCUCACCCGCUUAAGCAUAUAGUUGUAAACCCUUCUUCCUCUACUACGUUUUUGUAACGUUGGGACUAAUACAAGGCAAGAAAAUUUACAACAAGUAAUAGCCUUUUUUUUCUUUUUCUUUUUUGUGCUAGGGGUUCUUCAAAGAGAACUUGUUCCAUAUUUACCUACUACUGCUCAUGUUACAGAGAUUAUAAAUGCAGUCCUUUUUCACUGACUGGGGUGUUUUUUUUACCCUCAUUUGUUUCAAAAGCCGAGUGUACGUGCAUGGGAAAUAUAGAGAAGGAAAACAAGGAGGAAUAUUGUGGUAAUCUGCAGAUUGCUGCUUCGGAUUUUCUCUCUCGUGUCCAUAAAUAAAUACUUAAAAGGUGCGAGUGUUGCAACCAAUUUGCAGAACAUAGAAGGAAUACAUCAACGACUGUACCAAUCAGUGUGGCUGUCAUGGAGGCUGUCAAUGGCAAACAGUGUUCUGUUACCAUUCAUGCUAGCUGUCAUGGAAGCUGCACAUGAUGAAAGAAAUUGUCUUUUUGGUACAUUUUUAUA